AUGGCGCCGAAGCUGUUUCUCACGGGUACUACAGGCUAUAUCGGAGGCACCGUCCUCGACACGUUGAUCAAAGCCCAUCCGGAUUGGUCUUACACCGUGCUCCUCCGUAACGUGCCUGCUAUUUUUGCAGAACGCUACCCCCACGUUCGUAUCGUUCACGGAGACUAUAGCAGCGCCGACGUCAUUUUGGCGGCCGCGUCGCAAGCCGAUAUCGUCAUCCAUAGCGGCAACUCCGAUGACGAACCCAGCAUCAAAGCUAUCAUCGCUGGCUUGCUGACCCGCAAUGAGGCAUCCUACUUGAUCCACCUUAGCGGCACGGGCAUCAUAGACGACUGGAUCGAGGGGACGCACCUAGGGGAAUUCAACCCAAAGGUCUGGUCCGACAUCGACGACAUCGACGCUAUUACUUCCAUGAGAGACGAUGCACUUCACCGGAAUGUCGACAAGAUCAUCCAGGAGGCCGCGGUCGCCCACCCGGACAAGUUGAAGACGGCAAUCAUUUGCCCUCCCUGCAUCUGCGGCAAAGGGCGCGGCCCCGGCCGCACGCAGAGCGUACUCCUUCCCGUGCUUCGCACCGAGUCUUUGAGACGCGGCGCCCCCUUCUACUAUGGGUCCGGCGCCAACAUGCGUAACUGGGUUCACCUCGACGACCUCAUGCAGGUCUACCUCAAACUUGUAGAGGCCGCCGCGGCGAAGGGCGGUAAUGCCACGUGGGGUAAAGAGGGCUACUACUUCACCACCACACACGAGACGUCUCAUCUCGAGCUCGCUGUGGAGGUUGGCAAGAUUCUCCAUGCUAAGGGUCUCAUCUCGAGCCCCGACCCUAUACAGAUUUCUCUUGAUGAGGUCGACAGUCUGCUCCCCGACUGGGGCAUUCCGCGCCUCGGUCGGUACGUGAUAGCAGGCAACUCCAGAACUCAACCCGAUCGCGCCACGAAGUUCUUGAACUUCAAGCCGACGGGGCGCACUGUUUGGGAGGAUUUCGAAGCCGAUAUGGAGGGCAGCGGAGACUCACUGUCUUCAGCUGCGGUUCGCGGAAUGGCUGCGGCCCGCCAGUAGGACGGGCUGAGGAGCUCCUCUAAUGCUUAAUAUGCGAUACAUGAUAUUACUGUAUGACGCGUUACCAUGCGAUGCUCGUUAUCGUAUGGUAUGGAUUGGCG